AUGUUUCAGGCACGUAUUCUGCUUUUGCUGUCCGCCGGGCUGCUGGUGCGGGUCAGCACCGGCACCCCCAACGCGGCCCGUCUGUUCACAGAAGCCCUACAAGAGGACACCGGCCUGGAUAAGGACUGGACCGGCUCGCUCUUGCUCAGGCUCAUCUCCGAUCUGGCGGAGAGGGACGAAGCGCUCCCCGAGCUGGGGGUCGGCGUGGCGUUGAUGCGCCGACACCUCCCGCUUUCCCAAAGAGAGCGCAAGGCGGGAUGUCGCAACUUCUUCUGGAAAACUUUCACCUCCUGUUGA